AUGGCCCCAUUACUGGGCAAUUGGGAUGCCUCCGACUCAGGGCCAUCAUCCACAGGCCCAGUCACGGGGACCCCAUCACCCAAGAGCAUCCUCUAUGUCGAUGCCUACGAUUCAUUUUCCUACAAUGUCGUCGCCAUGCUCGAGGAGACGCUGGGCGUGCGAGUCGCGGUAAUGACGAUCGACUCUGCCUGGCCCGAUAACAGCAUUGACGAGUUUCUGCGCCACUACGAGGCAGUCGUGCUAGGCCCUGGUCCUGGCGAUCCGAAUUUCCCGAAAGAUGUCGGGGUCAUGAGAGAUAUUUGGGAUCUUCAUGAUGCCAAUUUACUGCCUGUUUUGGGUAUUUGUCUGGGAUUUCAGAGUCUGUGCCUGAAUCACGGUGUGCCAAUUCAGAGACUUCCUUAUCCGCUUCAUGGCCAGGUGCGCCGUAUUACGACUACGCGGAGCGAUAUCUUUGAAGAUCUGCCAGAUGCGGAGGUGACACUUUACCACUCUUUAUACGCAAAUGUGGAUGCAUCUUGUCCGAAAGAUCUAGAGUUCCUUGCUUGGUUGUCCCUAGAAGAAGACCAGAAAGGAUGCCGACCGAAGUCUCAGAUCCCAAUGGCAGUUCGCCACCGCCAGAAGCCGUUCUGGGGAGUCCAGUUUCAUCCCGAAUCAUGCAAGUCCGAAAAAGAUGCUUGCAGGAACUUGCUUCGCAAUUGCCUCCCUGAAGCAAUUCUUGGCCCUCAUGCCGAGACGGCUGCGUUCCCGAAUGCUGCUUAUGAGAUGCUGAAAUUAAGUGCGUCGAGUUCGGCCACUUCUGCUUUUCGGGCCUUUGCAAAGGGCGAUCUGACAGCUGAGGCGAUAAGCGAGGCGCUCAAUCAGCUUGGCUCGCCGACUGUCGUGUUUCAGUCCAAUGGACAACAUACCAUCGUUUCGGUGCCCAGUCCUGGUUCCUGGCGGCUUGAGUACCGUGUUGAAUCGCAGGAUUUAAUACUGGAUCAGAUGAACAAAGAAUCAGUGAUUGAAAAGUCCCUGUCCGUAUCUCAGCUAUGGGAUGCUUUUCGGUACCUGAUGGAAAUGAAGAAGGUCAACUCCGGUCACUCCCAGAUUCCCUUUUGGGGUGGCUUCCUAGGUUACUUUUCCUAUGAGCUGGCUCUUGCUUGUCUUCCUCAUCCCAAAGAUUCAACACACUCCUCCACAACGUACAAUCAUGCAUAUAACACAAAUGGCUCCGUUCAAGAUCCACCGGAUGUCAGUUUACUAUGGUGUGAACGAAGCGUUGUUAUCGACAAUAGCUCGGGUACUGUUGUUGUACAGUCCACUUGUGAAUUGGAUCAUUCACCUGGCGCCUGGGUCGAUGAGACAUCGCGUUUACUGCAGGCCCAUUCUUCCGGGAGUGAAGAUACCACGGAGUUUUUAGAUUCGAUCCUACGCGAGGGUGUGAUCACAUUCCCCGAUGAAGAGCGGUAUAAGAGCCAAAUUGAAGCAUGCAAGGCGGAACUGGAGGCUGGGGAGUCCUACGAGCUAUGCCUGAGUUGUGAGACAACCGUCUCAUUACCAUCUGCAGCAACAGAGACAGACCGAGCGGUUUUCCCAUGGGAGCUAUACAAGCGCCUCAAGAGCUACAAUCCAGCUGCAUUCAGCGCGUUCGCGCGAUUGGGCGACGUCAAGAUCGUCAGCAGCAGCCCAGAAUGCUUCAUCAACUGGGAUCGCUCAUCCACUCUCGAAAUGAAGCCCAUGAAAGGCACAGUGCGCAAGUCGCCUGGGAUGACCAUGGAGAAAGCCCGCGGAAUCUUGGGCUCCACCAAAGAGAUGGCCGAAAACCUGAUGAUUGCUGACCUGAUCCGGCACGAUCUGUACGGCAUCUGCGGCUCUGGCGGUGUGCAUGUCGAGAAGUUGCUUGAGGUCGAGGAUCACGGCCGCGUUUUCCAGAUGAUCACCCAUGUAAAAGGCGAGAUUCGGCCCGAUCGUCUCGGCUGCGCCGUCCGGCAUAUGCCUCAGUUGAAAACUUCGAACAUGGCAGUUCAUGGCCUCACGGCUCUGCAGGGGUGUUUGCCUCCAGGCUCGAUGACCGGCGCGCCCAAGGAACGAUCAUGUAUGCAUCUCCGGCAGAUUGAAGCUCGGAAGCGCGGGAUAUACUCUGGCGUCAUGGGUUUUCUGGAUCUCGGUGGCGGGGGAAGCUUCUCCGUUAUGAUCCGUACAGCUUUUGCGUGUUUUGAUGAUCGCGAUGAUCGACCGCAAACCUGGCGAAUUGGUGCUGGCGGCGCUAUCACGACGCUGAGCACCGCGGAGGGCGAAUGGGAUGAGAUGUUGACUAAGUUGCGGACGGUCUGCACGGUUUUUGUCCCCACUGUGAGCACGUAG